AUGGGCUCCUCUCCAUUCACAAUGAGGUCCGUCCUCUCAUUCUUUCUUCUUGUGGUGCAAAUCGCAUCUGCCCUGAAAUUCGACCUGCCCGCACAGUCGGGCCACGGCAAGAACGAGCGAUGCGUCCGCAACUUUGUGGCCAAGGACCAAUUGGUCGUGGUGACCGCUAUUGUUAGCGGUAGCAAGGGUGACGGUCAAGUCGUCAAUAUGCACGCGACGGGAUUGCUAACGGAUCUCUUUCUCAAUCCGCAGAUCAAGGAUUCCAUGGGGAAUGACCACGGUCGUCCUAAGGAUAUUGUAGGUGAAGUGCGCCAGGCUUUUACUUCGACCGCAGACACUGCGUUCGACGUGUGCCUUGAGAACCAACUGGUCGGUCGCAACGCCGUCUACAACCCCUCUCGCGAGAUUGAACUCGAUGUCGAAAUCGGCGCCGACGCCCGUGACUGGUCCAGUAUCCAGGCCCAGGAGAAGCUCAAGCCCAUCGAAACCGACCUCCGCCGCAUCGAGGAGAUGGUUUCCGACAUUGUCACCGAGAUGGAGUACCUGCGUUCCCGCGAGCAGAAGUUGCGUGAUACCAAUGAGAGCACCAACGAGCGGGUGAAGUGGUUCGCCUUCGGCACAAUGGGUAUGCUGGUUGGUCUGGGAGCGUGGCAGGUGGUCUACCUGCGGGCGUACUUCCGUUCCAAGCACCUUAUUUAA